GGCACAAGGUCUGUAAGAUCGGAGGGCAAUUCGCCCUUUAUGACUUCUCAUUCCAACCAUGUAAUAAUGCCAACCGUUGACCAACCUGGUAAUAUUGAAGAACUCCAAACCUCAACGCGGGGACCUGCCUGCUUCGGAUGUCGUAAGCGAUCGAAGAAAUGCGACCGAGCCCGCCCUGAGUGUCGCAACUGCACGGCACGAGGCCUCCGUUGCGAGGGUUACCCUCCAAAGUAUAGGUUUCGCCUGGAAAACGCCAUUACCCGCAAGACGCCACAAGAAGUUCUUGCAGGUCGUGCAGCGACAGCAACAGCAACAAUCCUGCCGCCCUCGGAGAGCUUGCCUAACUCUUCAUCUCGCGGGGAAGGAGCCCCCUGCAGGAGCACCUCAGAUGACGACAGGCAUAGUGCUCGUCAGGCAUCGGAAGCCACCGAUUGGGAACCGACUGAAAGUCCGCGAGAUGAGAGGCCGAAUCUUCCCAAAACCAGCAACUUGCCAGCCUUCAUUGCGCCAAAGGACGAGGUACUGGCUUUACCACAAUCGCAAAGGCUUCUUUCCUACUACGACGAGAUCGUCUGUGAUGCGGUCGUCAUUGUAAACGAUCGGACUCUCAAUCCAUUCCGAGAGCACAUUCUUCCCCUUGCCUAUCAAAAUGCGGCAGUGUUGCAGUCGAUAUUGUUGUUGUCUGCACAUCAUGAGCUGAAAUGUACCACGCACGGUAUAAGCACCGAUGUGGCACACAACCAGGGUCUUGCCGACAUGGGUGAAGCGCUUUCGAGGUCACUCCAAAGCACUUCGCCUGAUGACAAGACUAUCCUGGUCGUGACGUUGCACCUAGCUCUCGACGAUAUGUACGGCACCGGCGUCGCAGCUGCAGAAACAAGGGCCUACCUUUCCCAAACCAGCGCGGUAUGCGAAAAGCUGGCGGCCAAGGCGAGUCUUCUAGAUCCAUGCGAGGCUUUCCUCGUCGCCGCUCAUACAUGGAUCCGGACGUUGAGCUUGAUUUUCGCCUUACCGAAAACGACCGUUACCCGCGACCCCUGCACCAAAGUGAUAUCUUUAGACAACCAAAACAUUGACGAGCUCACGGGCUGCCCCAAGAUGAUCUUUUCAUGGAUUAUAGACACUCUGUGGGACAAGUCAAGGUACUCCCGCGGCGAGAUCUCCAGAGGAAUGCUCCAUGAAGCUCUCAUGGAGCGUAGACAUGUUCUCAAGACCUGGGAUGUCCUAGACGGUUUUACCUCAGGGCCGAAGACAGCUUUGGAAAAGUCUUUCCAACAUGCUUGCCUGCUGCUUAUCUUAGGAAUGCUACCUCGUCAUGGCCUCGAAGGUGUCGUUGUUGAUGAGAAUAUCGACGUGGCGGAGGAAAUCAUGGUGUCCAUUUCCACGAUACUCGACACCGCAGCGAGGAUUCCCGAGAAUUCGAGUUCUCACAAAAAGGUGCUGAUACCGUUAUGUAUUGCGGGCUUCUACACCACCAUCCCACACCAGCAGCACUACAUUGAGCUGUCCAUCCAGGAAAUCGCCCAGCAGACAGGAUGCAGCGACCACUUACUCUGGAAAAGCGUCGCUCAAGAUCUUCACGUAAGAAGGGAUGCCGGCGGGUCACUCUCAAGUACUUUCCAGUGGCAGACAUCAGGGAAUCCUGGACCAUGUCGGUCUUCUGAUGGGCAGCACUUGAGCACUCUAGACGAACAAUUGUAUAUCACAUUUUGAAUGCUGCACAAAGACUCAGUCACUGAGUAGUGAGUAGUGUGUGGUGCUUUUGCU